AUUUAAAGUGCAGGGCCCCCAUCCCAGCCACGUGGGACCCCUUCAGCCAAAAACCUCCCCCUGGGUUUCUCAGAUUUCCAACCAGUGGUCAUACAUCUCCAACAGCUUCUCAUUUCUUCUGGCUCUGGACUGUGCAGCUUUCACGGGGUGAAAGUUUGGGAUAAUUCUGUCCCCUGCCUGGGUGAGGAGGGGGGUGACAGAGCAGCAUCUGGCACCAACCAGGGCCAGCCCAUCACAGAUCCCUUGGUUGGGAACUCUUAAAUAUUUGUAAGUAAGCAAGGUGCAAAAAAUGGACUUUGUUCCUUCAGAAAUGAACCACACUGAGAGUUGUUGGAGAACAGCAAAACAGCCAAAGAGCUGUAAACUGAAAACCAUGCCUCUGUGGUUGACUCCCAUCCUGUCUCUGGCUCAACAGACUCAGUUCCGAGAAAUCAGCCACCCAUUGACAGCUGCCCUGCGAGCCCCUUGUUGCUGACAGGGGUUGCUUCUCGGGAAGAGAAAUGAGAAAAUCGUGGUGAAAAGAGGCUGCCGAGUGCAUCCACCCCACAGAGCCCAGGGAACGUCAGCCCCGGGCCCUGAGGCUUCUCUGUAAGGAUGGGGAAAGGAACCCAAAAGUCAAAUUCUUCAAGCCAGGAGGAAGCCCUGAACACCUGCAGUGAUCCAGAGAAAGAGUCCAAAUGUGGGUCCCACAGAACCGAGUCAGACCGGAGAACAUCCCCCAAGGUGCGUGUUCUCCUCGCUCUGAGUCUGUUCCUGGGGAUCCUCAGCUUGAGCCUGGUCGUGGCACUGACUGUUCUCAGUGUGAGACCCCCUUUCCCUGAGCUGGAAUUCUCCCACGUGUGCCCAGACACCUGGCCUGGUUUCCAAGGAAAAUGUUAUCAUUUUUCUGAGGCUGAGGGCAACUGGACCACGGGCCGGGAAAGGUGUGAGGCCCUGGGAGCUUCCCUGGCCACCAUAAGCACCAGGGAGGAACUGGCCUUCCUUCUGCGCUAUAAAGGUGAAGCAAACCACUGGAUCGGGCUGGGAAUGAGGGAUAAUGGCUGGGAGUGGAUCAAUGGCACGGCCUUGAACGGCAGGUUUGAGGUGUGGGGUGGGGGGCCCUGUGGGUACCUGAACCACGGCAGGAUCAGCUCGUCCCUGUGCCACACGGAGAAGAACUGGAUCUGCAGCCGCCCCGACAACUUCGUCCUGUGGGAGGGGAAAUUAAGAGACCCCAAACCAGGACUUUCAACCUAAAUCUCUGACCAGAUGGGGGAGCUUCACCCCAGCACUGCAACUGAAAUUUUCAGGGUGAAUCCAAAAAAUCAGGUACAAGGAA